AUGGUCGAUACCAUCUGUCUAGGGUUCCUUUUCAUACUCUCUCUCGGUUCUACCGCUGCUGAAUCUACCGAAGCUAGUGAUUUCUCGAAUUGUUCAGGAUAUGAUGUUUGUGAUUUGGGUAGCGCGACUAUUGGUUUAGCAUGGGUUUUGACUUUUCUCCUCUUAGCUAUCCUUCUCCUCGAAGUCAUCUACACUGUCAUCCAUUACGGUCGUUCCUGGCCCACGUGGCGUACACCA